AUGUCGGAAUCCGUACUAUCUGAACCGUGGGACGAUGUCCCCAGCGGCCCGAUCCAAAAAGCCCACCGCAAGCUCACCCAGCUCUACCAGCGCUACAUCGAUCCCAACGUCGGGUUUUCGCUAUUGAUACUAUCCCAGUUUUUCAACUCCAUCAUGGUGGUAACCUGCAAGUUAUUGGUCACUGACAAGGAGUUCGAUACUCCCAUCCACCCGUUGCAGAUCUUGUUUGUCCGCAUGAGCAUCACCUACGUGUGCUGCCUUGCGUACAUGGUGGUGACCCGCUCGGUGCCCGAGGCCCCGUUCGGGCCCCGCAACCUCCGGUUCUUGCUCUUGUUGAGAGGCCUCGUGGGUUUCGUGGGUGUGUUCGGAUUGUACUACUCGUUGCAGUACUUGUCGUUGUCGGACGCCGUGGCCAUCACUUUCUUGGUGCCCAUGGUCACUGCCUUCCUUGCGUGCGUGAUCCUCCACGAACGCUACUCGGUGCUCGAAGCAGUGUGCUCCAUUGUGUCUCUCGCGGGAGUAUUGCUCAUUGCCAAACCACACUUCUUGUUUGGCCAUGAGUCCGACUCAGAAACUUCGGUCGGUGAGGAAAUUGAAAGCUCCUCUACCGAGAAACGGCUCUUGGCCUCGGCCGUGGGGUUGGUGGGUGUGUGUGGCGCAUCCUCAGUGUAUAUCAUUUUGAGAAAGAUUGGCCACGGUGCCCAUCCGUUGUUGUCGGUGAGUUACUUCGCAUUGACGUGUACGAUAGUGACGUUUUUCAGCAUCCUAGUGAUUCCUUCGCUAGAAUUUGCCAUUCCCAAGAACGGCUACCAAUGGUUUUUGUUCGCUCUUAUUGGUCUUUCUGGGUUUUUCAUGCAAUUCUCCUUGACAGCAGGUGUCCAAAGAGUUAAAGCCUCCAAGGCCUCGAUGGCCGCAUACACUAAUAUGGUUUUUGCUUUGGUGUGGGACUUGUUAAUCUGGAGACACAUUCCAGGAUUGUUGAGUCUUUUGGGUAUGAUGUUGAUUCUCGGAAACGCGGCCAUCAUCGUGAAAUUCAAGCCCGAAGAUAAUAAUAACGACGGAGAUUUAGAAAGAGGAGAUCAGUCCACUGCAGACGAAGUUAAGUAUGGCGUGGUGGGCAGCAAUGUCGAGGAGCUGAUUGCAUUACAGGAUUUCCUUAUAGCAGAUUCGGAGGACGAACUGGACCCCGAAAGAGUCGAGCGUCCUCCAGGCGACGAUAAGGCCGCCCUUAGUCCAUAG